AUGUCUAAAGAAGAACAACCAAGUAAUCCUCCUGGAGAAAAGAUGUCAACCAUGAGCGCAAUGCUGGAUUAUUCAGCUAAUGCUAUUCAAAAUUUUGAUCCCAUUAAAAAUGUUCAUGAACAUAUUUGUGGAUUCCAUUUCUACAGUCAUGAUUCAACUCGUCAAGUUGAAGCGCAUCACUAUUGUGCUCACCUUAACGAGGAGUUUCGUCAAUGUUUAAUUUAUGAUUCAAAUAAACCCGAUGCAAAGUUGAUUGGCGUUGAAUAUAUCAUUUCAGCUAAAACUUUUCUGUGGGAUCGACUAAAAGAAGUAUUGGCAUUCUCACCAAUACGAACAGAAUCAGCCGAGAAAAAGAUUAUGGAAGGUUUGGUUGAUACUUACGGCAAGACUUGGCAUUUCUGGCAAAUUGAUCGUGGUGAUAAGUUACCAUAUGGUCCACCACAGUUAAUGAUGUCUUUUCUGGAAGAUAAUCAAGUAUCACAAGAUUUAAUUAACGAUCGUGACAAACGCUUCAACGUGUCUACUUCUGACAAACGUGAUAAACGCGCUUACAUCAAACCUGUUUAUAACGUUAAUCCCGAUGCUGACCAUUGGGCUCAUAGAAAAGAUGGAAAAGCCUAUAUAUUACAAGUAUUUGCAUUUCCAUAUAAUUUCAUUAAUGAAGAUACUCCAGUAGAAGGUCAAAGAACUCACGGAGGACUUUUUGCUGGGUUGACUCUCGGUUUGAUGAGUUUAGAUGGAACAAAUCUCCAUAUUCUCUCUAGAUCAGGUGAUGAAACACAACGUAAAUACGCUGCUCGAAUUCAACCUAUUAGAAGAAAUGGACAUUUACUUUUAGUCACACUUUUACUUGGAAAUGUAUUAGUCAAUGAAGCCUUACCAAUAAUAAUGGAUGAUGCAAUGGGAGGUGGUGGAGUUACUGCAAUUUUAGUAUCUAGUGCUCUUAUUGUAAUCUUUGGUGAAGUUAUUCCUCAAGCUGUUUGCUCUAGAUAUGGACUUGUAAUAGGAGCUUUCUUUGCCUGGCCUGUGAGAAUAUUAAUUUGGGCGACUUAUAUAGUGAGUUAUCCGAUGGCCAAAUUAUUAGAUUUAAUUCUAGGUGAAAAUCAUGGAAUAAUUUAUAGACGUGCAGAUUCCACUGAAAGAGGAGGUGAUCUUGUUAAGGAUAGCGUUACAAUUAUACGUGGUGCUCUUGAUCUUCAAGACAAAGUAGUUGAGAGUGCAAUGACUCCAAUUAAUAAAGCUUUCAUGAUACCAAUUGACAGUAUUAUGGAUAGAAUUACUUUGAGGGAGAUUUAUUCGACUGGACAUUCUAGAAUUCCUGUAUACGGAGAAUCUCGUGAAAAUAUUUUAGGAUCUUUAAUAAUGUAUAGUCCGGAUGAAAAUAAGCCCUUAAAUAAAUUCCGCAUAAAUACCAUGCCAACAGUUGACGCCAAAACACCAUUAUUUGAUAUUCUCAACACAUUUCAGGACGGUCGAAGUCAUAUGGCUAUUGUGGUAGAAGAAGAACAAGCCAAACCAAUUGGUAUUAUUACUUUAGAAGAUGUUUUAGAAGAACUUAUUCAAGAAGAAAUUUAUGACGAAUCAGAUGCUCGAGUUGGAUUAGCAGUUAAAUUAGAAACGGGUGAUCAAUUAAUUAUUGCAUCUAAAAGAAAACGUACUGGAUCAGCGACGAAUAAUCAAAAAAAUAAAUUUAAAUCUCAAGCUUUUAGAUCAAAUACCGACCCGAUCUUGACAUCCAAGGCACCAGUUAAUAAUUCAAAUGAUGGUAAUUCUAAGGAUUUAAUUGUAUUUGAUGAGCCUAAUGAAUCUUCUUUACUAUUACCGAAUGCCUCAUUGCCAAAGUAA